UACCCUUCUUGUAAACACUUCCGUUGACAAUCUUCCGACUAAGUAGUUGGCGACUGCUAACUGUCCUUGCAGUGUUGUUUCUUUUAUUGACCGCUAACUCUCGACGACCACAAGCAGCGGGUGUCGAGAUUUCUGCUUUCACUGCCUAGUUCCACUAUCGCCAUUACUCCAUCCCGAAUUCGCCAUUCGCUGCCACAUUCCCUCUCGAUCCGAUGAGGAUUCAAUGGCGAUUCUGUCUUGCGCUCCGUCAAGAGUCUCUAAAGCGCGUUCUGGUUCUCGCAUGGGUCUCGUCGACGCUCUCAGUAGCCCUUGCAGCCACCGCUAGCUCAGGUCGUGCUCAUGCAGCGAAUAUGGCCGACGCGCAGGUUACCACUGAUUCUCCGCCAAUUCGUUCUGACCUCGUCAUGAUCCUCGUUACCACAGCCUGCAUAGUGCUCGCAUCCAUCGGUUCCAUCUUAUCGCUUAUUUUCGUCGUCGCAUCGCGAUGGGCAGGCCUAGGUCAGGUCGACUUCAACCCUGCUGCGACGCCGUCGUCGUCGUCAGCGUCGCAGGGCGACGCCCUCAAGGCCUGUUCUUUCGCUCUGCGAGAGGGCGAGUCGCCCUACGCCAUCUUCGCUCCCUCCAAGCCGUCUUCCACCCGCGCGCGAGUGCAGGCCGUCCUGGACGUCGCGCUUCCGGCGGCCGUCAAGGCCAUCAAUUGGGCCGCCAAGCAGUCGGAGACCUACGCGCCGUGGUUCCGGCCGUCGCACUGGCUCCUCCCCACGGACAUGGAGUCGAUGCUCCGGAUCGCGUCGUGGGGCACGGGACUUAAGGACUUCGGCGACACGGGCUUCCUCACGGGCCUCGCGCUCUGCGUGCGCGACACGGAGACGCACGCGAAUCUCACGCCGUUUGGCCGGAUCGCCAUCUGGCUCGACGUGCAGCGCAUGCUGCAAGGCCGCCUGCGCCUAGUCGACUGCCGCAAGCGGUUCCCGGAGAUCGAGGAGGAGCAGAUCCGCGCGCCGAUGGUGAUCUUGGGAAUGCCGCGCACCGGCACGACGCUGCUGUAUAACCUCCUGUCGCUGGACUACGAGCGGUUCCGCGCGCCGCGCUCGUGGGAGUGCCGCUACGUGUAUCCGCCGCCGCAGGCGGAAACCUUCCGCACGGACCCUCGGAUCGCGCUAAUGGACGACUCGCUACGCGCAGUGCACGCCGUCAUCCCCGACCUGCACACCAUCCACCCGAUGUACCCGGAGGGCCCGCAAGAGACGUUCGAGCUGAUGUGCUACGACAUGACGUCGUUCGUGAUCCCGUUCACGCACAUUACGGCGCCGUCGUACCUCGAGUGGUUCAUGCGCUCGGACAUCACCCCGACCUACGAGUUCCUCAAGUGGCAGUUGAAGUACCUGCAGUGGCGCGGGCCCAAGGCGCCGCAGUGGUUGCUGAAGUCGCCCGAGCACAUCUUCUCGCUGCGGUCUAUGCUCAAGGUUUUCCCCGACGCGCGGAUCAUCUGCACGCACCGCGACCCGGUGAAGGUGAUUUCGUCCGCGCACAGCCUGAUGCGGUGUUUCCGCUCGCUGACGGCGGACCCCGUGGACAACCGCAUGAUCGCGCCGCUGUGGGCGCCGCAUCUCGCGCGCGCGCUGGAUGAUAUGAUCGACCUACGCGAAGCGGCGGCGCUCGGCGCGAAUAGUAGCGGGGACGAGGAAGGCGCUUUUAGCGGGGAUGAGGAGAGCGCGGACGAGAGCGGGGAUGACAGCAGCAGCAGCAGCAGCAGCACCAGCAUCAGGGGAGGGGUAAGGAGCUUAAGCAGCAGCAGCGGGAGGAGCAGCAGGGGCAGUGUUUUUGCGGAGAGGGAAGGGGAGGGUAUGGACGGUGUAGAUGCGUUGCAGGAGUGGGAUUCGUCGCUGGCCGUCGAUGUGCGAUUCCACGAGUUUGUGCGAAGCCCGAUUGGCGAAAUCAAGCGAAUUUACGCGCACUUCGGCGACGAGCUUUCGCCAGUGGCGGAGGCGCGCAUGCAGCGGUACCUGGACGAGGAUCGGCUGGAGCGAAAGGCGCACCGCCACGUGUACAAGUGGGAGGACACGUGUCUGGAUAAGGACGAGCAACGGAGACGGUUCGCUCGUUACGUGAAGUACUUCAACGUGGCACAGGAAGGCUGAGGGGGGCAGUUGAGUAUGAGAGGAGGAACUUUUAGGGAACUCCUGAUUGGGCUGGGAAGAGCAUGGCUGAGGGGGCAGCUGGCUUUGAGCAUUCUCUAUGGCCCACGGAGGGGGCCGAGAGGAUGAAAUAAAGAGGCUGGAAAUGAGCGGCGUGCCAGCCGCGUCUUACCGGCGCCCCCUAGAGACGCGCGAGAGCUGAGUGGAGGAGGUAGGGCAGAUGGGGAUGCGGUUAGUAGGAGCGGGAGCAGUAUGAGCAGUAGUAGCGGGAGCAGUAUGAGCAGUAGUAGCGAGAAUAGUAGUAGGAGGAGGAGUAGGGGGCGUAGAAGGCAGAAGUGGCAAGGCCUCCGUGGAGGCUGGUGAGGCUGGUGAGGCUAGUGUGACUGAUGGCUGAUGGCUGAUGCAGGAGAGGCUGUCAGUGUGUCUCUGCAUUGGGGGGGUGCGGUGUAGGUUGACCACUAAGGCGUAGCACAGGAUGGACUAACAACGUAGUUGAUGGGAGAUAGGCUCGUGGUGUCUCUGUAUGGUUAUCCUCAGUGCCUGGGGGUACACCUAGGAAGGUAACUGAUACUGGUAGUUGAUAGUGAGGUGACAAGACCGUAUUUAGGUGCUAGGCCCUUGUUAUUAAUUAUUCAUUUAUAGUCCGAAAUUCAUUCCGAGA